AUGCUCCGGUCAACGUACAAGCCCUCCGCGAACGCGCCGGUGGCGCCGCCGCCUCUUCUUCCCGGAUGGACGGAGCACACGGCGCCGACAGGGCACAAGUACUACUACAACGCCGAGACGAAAGAAUCGACAUACACCAGACCCGGCGCGCCUGAUGCCGCCGCCGCCGCUCAAUCGCCCGCAGUACCGUCGGCCUCAGCCAGCUUCUUCCAAUACCAGACGAUUCCUCAACUCUCCGAUCCGAACGUCGCGAACGCGUACCUGGCGCAGUACAAUGCGCAAAAUCAGCCACCCGCCGCGCAGCGAGGCGGGUUCGGUCAUGGAGGCAGGGGUGGUCGGGACGGUGGUCGUCCACGUCCGGAGCCUAUAGACAAGCCCAAGUCAAAGACUGCCAUCCCCGGCCAUGAGCCAUGGAUUCUCGUCGAAACCAAAUACAGCCGGCGCUUCGUCUACAAUCCUGUCAAGAAUGCCAGCUACUGGCGCAUCCCCGAAAAGCUCAUGCCGGGCAUUCUGGAGCUCGACAAGGCCAGGAUACGGGAAAAGGCAGGCAUCCAAGACGGUGCGUCUGAGAGCAAAGACGCGACCCCCACGACGCAGCCGAAGCCUUCCCGUAAUGUUAGCGAGGCCGCGCCCCAGGACGACAAUGACGACAGCUCGGAGUACGAGGAAGUCGAGGUCACAGACGACGAGGCGGAAGGCGAGGAUGGAGAGGACGGUCACCACUCGAAGCGACAACGCACAGAAGAUCCGGCCGAUGACGCACCGGUGGAGUUCAGCGAGGCUGAUAUUGCCUUCCAAUUACAAGCAAUGGGCGAGGCGUACGGACUCGACCCUGGGGAGUAUGACGACGGAAAUAUGGACGAAUGGCCCGAGGGUGCAGAGGGCGUGGAGUUCUCCCAGGAUGAUGCCGUUGCACUUUUCAGGGACCUUCUGGACGACUUCAACAUCAACCCAUACAACACGUGGGAAAAGCUUAUCGAGGACGGGCACAUCAUCGAGGACCCGAGAUACACAAUCCUCAACACCAUGAAAGCAAGGAAAGAGGCAUGGCAGGAGUGGUCCAAGGACAAGAUCAGAGAGAUCAAAGAGCUGCGGGCAAAGGAAGAGAAGAAGGACCCUCGGAUACCGUACAUGACGCUACUGCAGGAGAAGGCAUCGCCCAAGCUCUACUGGCAGGAGUUCAAGAGGAAAUUUCGCAAAGAACCGGCCAUGACGGACCCUUACGUCAAGGACAAGGACCGCGAGAAGUGGUACCGGGAGCACAUCAAUCGUCUCAAGAUGCCCCAACAAACUCUCAAGACUGACCUCGCUGCGCUUCUCAAGUCACUGCCACUCCCUGCGCUCAACAACAAGACGAAUCUGUCGCGCCUGCCGCCGCAGCUGCUUGUUGACAUCAGAUACAUCUCUUUACCGCCGCAGGUCAGGGAUCCUCUGAUUGAGGCGUACAUCCAGACUCUAGGCCCACCACCGGAAGGCGAAGCGACAGCGGAAGAGGAUGAGGCCACGCGAAAGGCUAAGGAAGCCAGGGACAGGAGAGAAAAGGCACUGCAGGAGCAUGAGGAAAAGGUCGCAGAGCAGAAGCGCAAGCAGCAACGGAGUCUAGAGAUGGGCAAGGCCCGGCUGCGGGAGGAGGAGCGCGAGAUUGAACGGGCGAUGCAGGUUGGCAAACGUGGUCUACAGAGCCAACUUGCGAGCGUUCAGCGGAACGAUGCCGAUGCAUCAUAG